AUAUCAAUUGCAUCAGGAGCCGCUGAGAGCGUCAAAGCGUACCGAUACAGAACAUUCGUUUGUAAGCGAGCUCACGGCAGAAGCAGGCCUUUGCAAGCGAGCCACAAUUUGACUGCUGAGUGUCAGCGCUAUUCACUGUGCGGUCUCCACGCCGAAUAGUGCCGGCCGGCGAGGGGCUCGGCAUGGCCUCUGCGGCCGGGCACGUUGUCGAUAGCCCGGAGCAGCCUGUGACAAACGUUCAGCAGCUUCCAGGUCAGGUGCAGAUGUCAUCGGCCCAGAACACGGCGCCGGGUUUGGCCAAUACUGUUCCUGCGUCGCCGACGGCCCGACAAGCGCCGGGAGCGCACGGCGCCGGCACCAACCAUGCCGACGCGAAGCUGCUGGCAGCUAUCCGUCAUGAGCUGGAGAGCAGCCGUGGGCAUCUGUCUGUACAGCGGCGCAGGGAGCUUGCGGCGCGGCUGAUGGAGCACACGUCGCAUGACGACACCUUCUUCACCAAGCUCACGCGGCUGUUGCAAGAGGCGGGUGUGGUGCUGCCGUCAGUGACGGUCGAUUACCGCAAUCUGCGCAUCGAUACGGAGGCGCUGGUGGGGUCGGCGUCCAUCCCCACAGUCGCCAAUGUGCCGCUGACCUUCCUGCGGAAGCUGUUUGGCGUGCACAACGAGCGGGAGGCCAAGCCGCUGACCAUCCUGAACGACCUCCAGGGCCGGCUGGUGCCUGGCCGCCUCACGCUGCUGCUGGGGCCGCCCUCCUGCGGCAAGUCCAGCUUCAUGCGCGCGCUCACCGGGCGGCUCAUGCCGGCGCAGGGAAGGCUGACUGGCGACGUCCGGUACAACGGACACCCGCUGGAAGACUUCAACGUGCGCCGCACGGCCGGCUACGUUGAGCAGAUCGACAACCACAACCCCAAUUUCACUGUGCGUGAGACGCUGGACUUCGCGCACACCUGCCAGGUGGGGCUGCACGGCGCGCGCAUCGACGUGCCGGCAGAGGUGGCGGCCCACCGUCUGGCCUCCGCGCGGACCCUCCACCACCAUGACGACGGCGGCGGUGUCGAGAGCGCCUCCACCUAUGGCCUGAACGGCGCCAACGGCGGCGGCGGCUACAGCGGCUACAGCGCGCACAGCGGCACCGCGGGCCCGGGCACCCCUAAGAGCACAAACGGCCAGAACGGGCACGGCCCUAACGGGCAUGGGAAUGGGCACGAGGCCGCUGGAAAUGGAGGUGGCGGCGGCGGCGGCAGCCAGCACCCGCAGGCGCUGUCCGCGAGCGCGCGGCUGUUCCGCAGCCUGCGCGGCAACCGGGAGAAGGGGCUGCUGCAGCAGGCGAAGCCGCACGACGAGUUUGAGGCACUGCUGCGUCAGGCGUGGGGCACCAACGUGCGCGUGGACAUCGUGAUGAGCCUGCUGGGGCUGGCGCACUGCUCCGAGACGCUGGUGGGGGAUGCGCUGAUGCGUGGCAUCAGCGGCGGCGAGCGCAAGCGCCUGACGGCCGCGGAGUUGCUGGUGGGCGGCAGCAACGUGUUGAUGCUGGACGAGAUGUCGACAGGCCUGGACUCCGCGACGCUGUUCACAGUGGUGCGCUGGCUGCGCCAGGCCACUAUGUCCAUGCAGCUGACCAUGCUGGUCAGCCUGCUGCAGCCGCCGCCCGAGGUGUUUGGGCUGUUCGACGACGUCAUCCUCAUGACCGAGGGCCGUAUCCUGUACCACGGCCCCGUGUCUGACGUGGUGCCGCACUUCCGCUCCCUGGGCCUUGAGUGCCCCGACCGCAAGGACGUGCCCUCCUUCCUGCUGGAGAUCACCACGCCACUGGGGCAGCGCCAGUUCGCCGGCCCCGAGCUGCGCCAGCGAUUCAACCUGCCACCGCCGGACGUCGACCUGGUGCCGGCCAGCCGCACUGGGUCGGCGGCGCUGGACGGCGCUGACCCCAGCGGCAAGGGCAAGGCGGAGCACCGCUCCAGCGUGGAGGGCAGCAGCCACAAGGGGCACCGCCCUCAGUUCCAUGCCAAGUCGCUGCUGAUCCCGCUGCUGGACAUGGAGGCGGCGUUCUGGACCCAGAACCAACACGGCGUGGCGAUGGUGAAGGAGCUCAACAGGAGCGCCGAGCAGCAGCAGCACCUCAUACUCGCAUCCAACAGCACCGACCCGCACGCCGCCGGCACCGCCACCGCCGUCAGCAGCAGCGUCGGGGGAGGCGCGCUGGCGGCGCCGCUCAUUCCGAAGAGCGAGCGGUUCGCGCUCAAGCCGUGGGAGGCUGUGUGCGCCGCCACCCGGCGGCAGGUGACGCUGGUGCUGCGCGACCGCGUGCUGCUGCGCGGCCGACUGGUGCAGGUCACGGUGCUGGGCCUCAUCACGGGCAGCCUGUUCUACAACCAGGGCGUGAGCCUGCCGGCCAGCCGCACCAUCUUCGGCGCCUGCUUCAUGUGCGUGCUGUUCAUGAGCUUCGGCGGCUUCAUGCAGGUGCCGCUCAUGAUGGAGCAGAAGAAGGUGUGGUACAAGCAGCGCGCAAGCGCCUUCCUGCCGGCGUAUGCGCAGAGCUUGGCGCUGGCUCUGUCGCAGUUCCCCAUCUCCAUCGCCGAGGCCACCGUGUUCUCAGUCAUCAUGUACUGGAUGAUAGGACUGUACGGGCAACCCGGCUACUUCUUCACCUUCUGCGCGGUGAUGAUCAGUGCCUCGCUGGCCAUCUCAUCGCUCUUCCGCUUCUUCGGUGUGGUUUGCCCCAGCCUGGUCAUCUCCAACGCGGCGACGGGCGUCACCUUCAUCUUCCUGGUCCUGACGUCGGGCUUCACCAUCGUGCACUACUCCAUCCCGCCGUGGGCGAUCUGGGCGUACUGGAUCAGCCCGUAUGCCUUUGCCGUCCGGGCGCUGGUGAUCAACGAGAUGGUUUCGCCCAAGUGGCAAAACGUGCCGGCACCGGGAGGACCGCCCGGCAUGAGCCUGGGCGACGCCGCGCUCUUGUCCUUCGACUUCUACACAACUCGCGAGUGGAUCUGGAUCGGCGUGGGCUUCCUCAACGGCUUUUACAUCCUGUUCACAUUGGCCACCGCCUGGUGCCUGGCCUACCUCAACCCCGAGGUGCCUGCGGCUCAGCUGCCCGACCCGGAGGAGGUGGCCAACGCGCGCGCCCGCGCCGAGGCCCGGCACGCCGAGAUGCAGAAGCUGGCGCUUGCCAAGGCGCCGUCCAUGAAGCAGCAGCAACAGCAGGCACGCUCGACCUCGGUCGCCAUUGUGAAAACGGACUCCGUCGGGGAUAACCCGAUCAGCGGCAAGGGCGACGACAGCGAGGCGGGGCCGAAGAUGGUGCUGUCCCCAUCCAUGGCAGCCAUCCAUGACUACAUCGACAUCUCCUCCUCGCUGCCCUUCACGCCCAUCACCCUGGUCUUCCAGGACCUCAAGUACUGGGUGCCCAACCCCGCCUACUCCCGCCGCGCCGCACGGAAGGCCGCGGAGGCCGCAGCCGCAGCCGGCCAGGCGGCGGUUGACGCCCACGCGGCGGGCAAGGACGUGGAGGCGGCGCUGCCCGACAAGCCGCCAGCCGGCGCCGACCAGCCUGGCGGCGGCCUCCUUCCCCUGGAGGCUCGCGAGCGGCUUCAGCUGCUGAGCGGCAUCACCGGCUUCAACGAGCCCGGGGUGCUGCUGGCGCUCAUGGGCGGCUCGGGCGCGGGCAAGACGACGCUGAUGGAUGUGAUUGCGGGCCGCAAGACGGUGGGAGAGAUCGGCGGCACCAUCACUGUGAACGGCCACAAGGCGGAGCCGCGUGCCUGGAGCCGAGUCAUGGGAUACGUGGAGCAGUUCGACAUCCACACGCCUGCACAGACGGUGCUGGAGGCUUUGCACUUCAGCGCGCGCCUGCGCCUGCCGCAGUCCUUCAGCGAUGCACAGGUCCGGUCGUACGUGGAGGAGGUGGCGGAGAUUGUCGACCUCACGCCGCAGCUGGGCGCGCUCGUCGGCUCCCCUGGCGUGAGCGGCCUGAGCACGGAGGGCCGCAAACGUCUGACCAUUGCGGUGGAGCUGGUCGCGAACCCCUCCUGCCUCUUCCUGGACGAGCCCACCAGCGGCCUGGACGCGCGUGCCGCGGCCAUCGUGAUGCGCGCCGUUCGCAACGUGGCGCGCAACGGCCGCACGGUGAUGGUGACCAUCCACCAGCCCAGCAUUGAGAUCUUCGAGUCCUUCGACCAGUUGCUGCUCAUCCAGCGCGGCGGCCGCACCACCUACUUCGGGCCGCUGGGGCUGCACAGCGCCGACCUCAUCAACUACUUCAUGGCGGUGCCAGGCACGCCACCGCUGCCGUCGGGCUUCAACCCAGCCACGUGGAUGCUGGAGGUGACGGGCGGCUCCAUGGCCACGGUGCUGGACAAGGUGGAGCUGGACUGGCCAGAGCACUACGCCAAGUCAGAGCUGGCCAAGGCGUGCGUGGAGCGCGCGCACGAGCUGGUGGCCACGUGUGCGGCGGCGUCGCAGCCGCUCCAGGUCGGCAGCCAGUACGCGAUGCCGUUCUGGACGCAGACGGGUGUGCUGCUGCACAAGUUCAAUCUGGCGUACUGGCGCUCGCCGGGCUACAACCUCAUUCGCGUAGGCAUGACGUUCGUGGCCAGUCUGGUGUAUCUCGCCAUCUACUGGGGCGAGGGCCACUUCCCCAGCCCCGCGACCAUCGCCAACGUGCAGAACGUGAUGGGCAUCAUGUUCUCAUCCGCGAACUUCAUGGGCAUGACCAACCUGAUGUCCGUGAUGCCGGUGGUCGGCUACGAGCGUGUGGUGUUUUACCGCGAGCGGGCGGCGAGCAUGUACGACGCCUUUGCGUACGGCAUCGCGAUCGCGCUGGUGGAAAUGCCGUACCUGCUGGUGCAGGCCUGCACCUUUGUGCCCAUCAUGUACUUCGGCAUUGGCUUUGAGCUCACCGCCGAAGCCUUCUGGUACUACUUCAUCGUGUUCUUCGAGACCAUCGCCUUCUACACCAUCUUCGGCCAGACGCUGGUCUACAUCACGCCCUCCCAGGCCAUGGCCCAGGUCUUUGGCGGCGGCUUCAACUUCCUGUUCAACGUCUUCAACGGCUUCAUGAUCACCUACCCCGACAUCCCGCAAGGCUGGCGCUGGAUGAACCGAGCGGUGCCGCCCACCUGGAUCCUGUACGGGCUGGGCGUGUCGCAACUGGGCAACGACACGGACCUCAUUGAAUACGGAGGCGUGGAGAUGCCCAUCAACGAGUUCCUGCAGGUGCGCUUCGGCUACCAAUACUACAUGCGCUGGUGGAUCGUGCUCAUCCUGCUGGCCUACAUCCUGGUUCUGCGGGUGGGAUCCAUUCUCGCGCUGAAGUACUGGAACCACCUUAAGCGCUAGAGCUGCUGCGUCUGCUGCUACUCUGUGGGGCGGCUGCUGUGGAGCGAGAGGCUGCUAUGCCAUGGUGCCCGUGCGAUGGGCUGCCAGCCCAGAGAAUGCAAGGGGUGACAAGCGCGGUGAUGGGGUGUGGGAGCAGGGCGGGGGACCGGAGGCGCCCGGCGCAGUGGCGUGCGAAGAUUGACUUUCGCAUGCCGGGCGGGCGCAUGGGGUUGCAGGCGGUUGUGGUACUGAGGCGGCCUUGGUACCGGUGCACAGGGGACGACGUGGUGGGCUGGUGUAAGGAGGUGCGUGCUGCGGAGCGCCUGCGGGACGGGGCUCCAGUAGAGGGGCAACCGCCAAGUGGAGAAGGAGGAAGAGGAAGAAGCAAGGUGAAGAAAGCUAGAAGAAUUUCCGACGUAGACAGUGCAGCAGGCGAGGCAGCAGGCGGGCUUACUUUCGAUGAUCAAAGGCACGAUACUCAUGUACUACCAUGUGCGUGCUGGUAAUGAUUUACACGAGAGAGGAGGCGCGGAGCAAGGGGUAUAGUAUGUGGGGGUUCUCAUUGUUGUUGUAUUGGUGAUCAUUUCGAACUGUGCGUGAUGGGUACGCGGUACAUGGCGACGCAAUGACUCGCUUUGCCGUGUGUUGUGUGAUAUGGUGUAUGCGGUUCGCUGCAACUAAUUGGCCCCCCCAGUUGUGAACGCUUGGGAAGCUGAGUUUGAGUUUGGUAUGGGCGGUAGCGUUCACAUGUGUCGCCUGUCCCUCUCGAACGGCUGACAUUGGGGGCGGGGGUGGCGCUGACAGGGCUCCGCUUGCGCGCGGCGGUGGUACAUACUGCGCUAGGGAUCGAGCAGCAAGGGGUGACGGAAUGGCUAACAAGGUUUCAUGUGGAACCCUUUUGCCUUUGCCUCUUGUCCCGGCAAGACUUUUAACUUGGCAGGAUUUAUGUGUGCCGGUGGUGCUGUUGUAGGAUAGCGUUUUGCGACCAUGUAAAAAUGAUGGUGCAUUAGUGAUGCAGCGUUGGGCCGCCUGAGGAGUGAGCGGCCAGGGGGUUGGGGCCGCGGUCAUGUGACGUGUUUUGCCAUAGGGUGCGUCUAUGUAGCCCCAAAACGUAUGGCUUUUGGGAUGCGGGCAUCCCUAUGUGCGGAGGCAUUCGACACGAACCAAGCACUGUCAAAUCGUAG